GAAAAAACAAUACCUUGGGACUUAUUAAAAGGGUGUAUAGAGUGCAAAAAAUUCGCAAAUUCGAUUCGACACGAUAUUCAGUAAUAAGAUUCAGUGACCACGAACAAAGCAUUGAGACACGAAGUCUAGACUGUAAAGUGAGUAUAAGAGAAAUUAUCUGUGCUCAUUGUUCUUUGAUUCCUCAGUUCAGUGCUUUUCUUCGUGGUCACUGAACCCUAAUAUGGAAACUCGUAAAUAGGAAAUCACAUUUCCCAUCAUGCUUUGUGCAAAAUAAUUACUUGUCUCUGCCAUUCGACGUAGUUUGCUUUAGGGAAACAUUUAAUUGUUAAACACUUGAGUUUGUCAAAGACCAGACAGGACAUGCGCACUUUUGUCAAUCCAAUAGUGCACUUUAGSAAACGUCACUCUAUGUUGUCAAGGUUAGAGGACCAUCUGCAAUAUGGAAACGGAAGCCAUUAAGCCUGUCAACAACUCGGUAUAGAUUGAAGAUAGUCUAAGAGGUCUUCUAACGUUAAUACUACUGUAUGUUCAGAAAUGACCUUGACUGAUACCUUGUCUACUGCACUGCAGAUAUAUGUAACAACGAGAUCAAAAUCUCUCAYAACCUUUUACUAUACACCUAUUUCAAAAAACGUUCUCGAGGAGAAUGGYGAACGCCGAUUGUCGAAGGGAGAUUACUCUACCGAAAGGGAACUAUGGUUACGCUGUUUUUUGACAAAUACAAUUUCACUUGUUGGAUUCACAUUGCAAAGAAACGCGAAUUAAGUGGAUUCUAUGUUCACCACUAUCUUACAGUAUAAAUCAGUAGUUAUUUCCCUUCAAUUAGCAAAACCCACGGCUCCUUUCGGUCGUGUAAUCACCGCAUUUCAUCCGACAACCGAUAUAGGUAUGGCCAAAUUUAUGCACAGCUCCKCUUUUGGGAAAACCGKGUGAGUUUCGACUUCCGUGUCAGGUGAAAUUGUGGCAUAAAAAGUGAAGACGACGACCGUUGCUGAGAUUGAGUCGAUUGAGUCUUCACAAAGAUUGCCGCCUCCGCGAAGAGUUUUUGAUCGUCAUCUUAAGAAUGAAUACCUCGUUUGAGCUACACAACUCAAGUAGUUACACGAGCAAUAUUUCCUACAAACUGACGGAAAAGGAACUUAUGGCUAUUAGCAUAUACAUAAGUAUUGUUGGUGGACUUGGUAUCGUUGGUAACGUCCUAGUAAUUCUAGCUUUUUACAAGUACAAAUCUCUACGAACUUCAACGAACACAUUUAUACUCCACUUAGCUCUAUGUAACUUUAUUCUAGCGCUAAUGGAUAUAAUUUUUUCGCUUCCUUCAUCUAUUCGACACAAGUGGAUUUUAGGAUUGACCGCGUGUCGCUUUUAUGGAUUAAUAUAUCAUUUCUUUUGCUCUGUUUCGUUGAACACCUUGGCGAUAAUUUCUCUUGAUAGAUACUGGGUUAUCACCAAGCCAUCUAUAGGCAUAAAGAUAACYAUACGACGAGCAGUGUUGUGUAUCGUUGUGUCUUAUGCGUACACCGCGGUGUUCAUGAUACCAGCCUUUCUAGAAUGGGAAUCAUUUCACGAGGAAGCCUUCUACACWGGAUGCUACAUCAACUUCUAUGAUAAAACAAUACGUAGUCUUCUCAACGCUGUCAUUCUAGGAGUUUUUCUGUUUGCAGUUCCGUUUGCCGUGAUGAUUUUUUGCUACGGAUCGAUUUUUACUUCGGUUCGACGUAAAGGACGCUACGCCGUACGCAUGCGCCCUAGAUGUCGAGCCAACAAGUGGAAAUUCACAAUACAAAGAAUCCCACAUUGGAGAACGGCUAGAAUGAUCAUUGUUGUGAUAUUUGUGUUUUUAAUCUGUUGGUCUCCGUACGUGAUAGUGUCAAUGUGUAUGGCUUUUGGAAGCAAUAUCACUGUUCUAACGCUUGAAAUAACACUGUUGUUGGCCAAAUCCGGUGUCAUUUACAAUCCUUUCAUAUACGCCGCUCUAAAUCUACGUUUUCGCACGGCAUUUUUUGAGAUGYUACAAUGCGGUCGUGUGGCGAACAGAACAAAUUGGGGAGUAAAGACCAGAGUCCUUUCAGGAGUUACCGGAGACUCAAGCGGUUACUUAACAUCGCGAGCAAGCGGUUGCCCGACUUCUAAGGGCUUAGGGACCUCUUUAUUACGAACGGUCGAACGAGGCUCGUCCGCUGAGGCCGAAACCUCAAAACAAGUCAAUGGAGAUCAAGAUCAGUACKUGAUUGARCAYGGAAUUGCCUUCAAACGCGAUGAAGAGUCACCGAAUGAAGAAAAAGAAAGAUCAAACUCGGAUGAUCUUCACGGUAUUGAAUAUUCACUAGUGUGUAUUACCCAUAGAUCUUCACCCUGCAAUAGCUUACUUAAGCCAACAUGUCAACAAGUGACAAGAUCAUGCGGAUGUUGUGCAAUAAACCAUGAAACGURUGGCAUAAAGGAUAUUAAAGAAGCCUGGACAGAAAACAAAAAGGUAAAACAAUUACAGAAAGUGAAAGGUAAUGUUAAUAAAGCCCAAGGCGAAGACAGUAAAAACAAACGAGGAAGUUCUCUCAUUGAAAAGAGAACGGGAAGUUUAGCAGAGAUGAGUCUAAACGGCGUGRCUACCAAAGAAAAAGCGAAUCAACAUCGCCGUGCGUCUUUGCACRCAAAGCAAACAUACUCACUGACCUGCGCAGACUCGGAGCCUCGGUGGAAUUGCAAAUGCGAAUGCCACACAAAUGGCCUCUAYACUCGAGCAAAUAUUCCAUCGAUAGUCAAACUUGAAGUGAAAUCAUUCAAGACCAAAAUGUGUGAGAAAGAAAACACAUGCUCUUGUGCUAAAAAUAUCAAACAAGAGGAAACUUGUAUUGCGCGGGAAAAAGCAGUCGUCGGAAAUWCGACGUUUAUACGAAGGACGUCCGAAUGUGUACGAGCACACACCGAACUAAGUAAGAAUAUCGAAUCCUUCUGGAGACGCCCCAGUUUGGUAGUUAUGAACAACAUUAGGCCAACGACGUUCGAAGAGGAAAAUAUGUAAACUUUAAAAUUGUAGAUCACUAGAGAUUUUAGUCGAAAACUAGUCUUAGAAUUAAAGUCAAGCAAAUCAAAUCA